AUGACACCAAAAGUUAAGAACACUCAUUUCCUAUUAUUGCUUCUUGUCAACUUUGUCUUUGGCGAAAAUAGCUCUGAUGGAAUUUGGACAAAGGAACAACUCCAUUAUCUAGAGAAUCUCAAAAGAGAAAUAGAAUAUCUGAAAGAGACAUGUAAACAGCCACAAAUUUUAACUAAUGGUCAGAAAAGUGAGGAAGUACCUCUACCGAUAGAUGUUCCGACCAUAAAUGAAAUACAGCCUAUAGCGUUCUAUGCUCAACUCUCACAGACGUUGACUAUCGGAGACUUACAAUCAGUUGAGUACGAUGUCGUAAGGGUAAACGUUGGCAACGGCUAUGAUAAAAGACAUGGUCAUUUCACAGCUCCCGUCACAGGACUCUUCUAUUUCUCGUUUACUGUCAUGUCGUUUCCUGAUCAUAGCGUCCACAUGGAAAUUGUAAAAAAUGGAGCGGUCAUCGGAAAUUGCUUUGCUGACAGUCAUGGGUAUGAAAGUGGUACCUCAACAGUGAUCACCCAAUUAGACAAGGGUGAUAUGGUGUGGAUACGACACAUCAAAGCAGAAGGUUCACAACCAUUGCAUCCUAUGUACAACGCAUUUACUGGUUUUCUCAUUGCCAGGACAUAAUGAAAUUUUAUUAAAUCAUUUUGAAACAAAUAAACCAUAUUCAAUUUCAAUUUCUUUCGAAUUAACUUCGAAAAAGUAAAGCAGAUAACUAUAAUAUGUGAAAAAUUUGGAAAAUAUCCGAAGUGACAGGAAAUAGGUUGUACACGAUAAAUGCAAUAAAGGAAGUCGUUUGUCAAUGUCAUAGAUAUAUACAGACAAGUCACUCAUUAUCAAUUCAGAACUGUAAUCUACCUUUAGAAAUUGAAUCAAAAAGAGAGGCGAAAGAUACCAAAGGGACAUUUAAACUCAUAAGACGAAAAUAAACUGACAACUCCAGGGCAAAAAAAGAAAAGGAUUAAAAGACAAACAACUGCUUAAAAACAUAGAAAACUGAAGACUGAUCAACACGAACACUUAUAAAUUUAUCAAUUCUCUUUUAUAUUUUACUGGAUAUUAAUCAUUACAUUCAAUCCUUGGUACUAUCAAGACUGAUACUCCAGGCUUCUCUGAUAAGAAGAGCAUUGAGGGGUAAAAAUAACUUAUUCUAGACUGGUCUCAAGUCAAAAUACCGCUUA